CCGGUUCACAACCCUCCCCGUGCUAGCGCUCAGCUAGCAGGUGUUCUUAGGUUGAUUUAAGUGGAGAAAAGACGAAAUAUUGAACAAGUUAUAAGGAGCUUUGGGUCGGUUUUACCCACAGAGGACAGGAGUGAGGUGGACUGUCAAACCGUGGACCCGGGUGGACCUGUCAGCUCUCCUUAACGAGCCUGCUGCUGUUAAACUUGCUAGGAGAAAAAGUACAAAGUGAAUGGCUGAAGGCUCCUCGGACCCACCUGACCUCAAUCCAGAUGGUAAACUGCAGAACAAGCAGCAUCACCGAGGCUCUAAGAGAGGCCGACCCAGACAUAACAGUGACAGAAACCUGAGCGGCUACAGCUAUGACCCAACUCAACCUUAUGGAAACUUUAAUCAAGGUUUCAAACAAGCAUUUGGCCAAAAUAACUUGAAUUACUUUGAGUGUAAUGCUCCUUCCUAUCCAGAAGUAGAUGGAGCCAGGGGAAGAGGCAGAGGACGAGGAAGGAGAGGGGAAAACAGGUUUUAUAAUGGAAAUGUAGGAAGUUCUGGACACUGGCAGCAAAAACCUGGUAGGGACUUUGGUCCGUUUGGUUCUGGCAGCAGAUAUGCUAGUUCCAUGGAUGGACCUGAUGCUCCAAGCUGGAGGAGGGAAAGUGGGAACAGGGAUUCACAGCAAACCUUAAAAGAUCACGAAUCUCAAGUUAAAAAGACAGGAAUUUCAGGUCGGGAGCAGGUGAAGGGAGAUGAAAUUGAUAUUCCAUAUCAAAGCUAUCAUGACCAUUCAGAGACCACAAAAAGAGCUUCCCAGAGCAGGCCAGGCAUCAGAACCCAAAUUCACGAUCAACCGAGGACAAGCAAAGAGGGGAAGCGGCGACAAGGACCGAUCAAGCCCCCAAAACCACAGUCUGACAGCGAGGAGGGCUUAAAGAGAGCAGCUGAUGGCCAGGAUGGCUCUGACCUGAGAAGAUUGUCUCAGGAUCCUGCCUACAAAGCUGGAAAAUCCUCAGGACCACAGAAAUCUUUUCAAGGAAGAGGAGGGAGAAGGCCAGGCUACCAGAACACCAGCUCGGUUCAGAGGGGCUCCAACACAAUGCCAAAAAGCAAAGAGACACAGACAGGCUGCCUGAUUGAACAGCUGUCUGAGGAAAAGUACGAGUGCAUGGUGUGCUGCGACGUGAUCAGGGCCAUGGCCCCGGUGUGGAGCUGCCAGAGUUGCUUCCACGUCUUCCAUCUGAACUGCAUCAAGAAGUGGGCGCGUUCCCCGGCCUCGCAGGCAGACGAUUCAUCUGAUGGUUGGCGUUGUCCUGCUUGCCAGAACGUAGCACUGAAGCACCCAACCUCCUACACCUGCUUCUGUGGCAAAGUGACGAACCCCGAGUGGCAGCGCAGCGAGAUUCCCCACAGCUGCGGUGACAUGUGUGGGAAGAAGAGGAGCGGCGCAGACUGCAACCACCCCUGUAACAUCUUGUGUCAUCCUGGACCUUGUCCUUCAUGUCCUGCAUUUGUCACCAAAUCCUGUGUCUGUGGGAAGACAAGUCAGCCGAUGCGCUGCGGCCAGGCCACAGUCCUCCAGUGUGACAAAGUCUGCGGGGCUUUACUCAACUGUGGCGAACACUGUUGCACGCAGGUGUGCCACAGCGGGGCGUGUCAGCCCUGCCAGCUGCAGGUUGAGCAGGUUUGUUACUGCGGCGUGACGACUCGUACUGUGCUGUGCGGCACAGAUAAAGAAGGCUUUAAUGGCUCAGGACAUUUUUCCUGUCAAAAAGUUUGUUCUAAGAUGUUGAAUUGUGAAGCUCACCGCUGCCAUCAGGUGUGCCACCGCGGGCCGUGCCAGCCGUGCCCACGCUCUCCGAGCCUGGUGAGGACCUGUCCCUGUGGCCAGACCCCACUGACCAAACUCCUGGAGCUGGGCUACUCUGAGCGCCGAAGCUGCUCUGAUCCCAUCCCGUCCUGCGGGAAGACAUGCAACAAACCUCUGCCCUGUGGCUCCAACGACACCAUUCAUUUGUGUCAGAAUUUAUGCCAUGAGGGGAGCUGUGGUCCCUGCUCUCUGACCUCCACAAUCAGGUGCCGCUGUGGCUCCAAGACCAAGGAGGUUCCAUGUGAAGAUAUUAAAAAAGAAGACGAGCUCAUCUUUACGUGUAAAAGACGAUGCAACAAGAAGCGUUCCUGUGGUCGACACAAGUGUGGAGAGCUCUGUUGUGUGAAUGUGGAGCACAGGUGCCCCAUGAUCUGCGGCUACAAGCUGAGCUGCGGCCUCCACCGCUGCCAGGAGCCGUGCCACAAAGGGAACUGUGAGCCCUGUUGGCAGUCCAGUUUUGAUGAGCUGACGUGUCACUGUGGCGCCACCGUGUUGUACCCCCCGAUUGCCUGUGGCACAAAGCCACCAGAAUGCAAGAACCUUUGCACAAGAAGACAUGAGUGUGACCAUCCCGUGUUUCACAACUGCCACAGCGAGGAAAAAUGUCCACCUUGCACAUACCUUACUCAGAAAUGGUGCAUGGGAAAGCACGAGCAACGCAGCAACAUCCCGUGUCACCUGCAAGACAUUUCCUGUGGGCUGACAUGUAAUAAGAUGCUGCCUUGUGAAAUGCACCGCUGCAAACGGCUCUGCCACCGUGGAGGAUGCUUGCCGGAGGGUGGUUGCCAGCAGCCGUGCACGCUGCCCCGCCCCGACUGCGGCCACCCCUGCGCUGCUCCCUGUCACAGAGGCAGCAGCUGCCCACGCACCACCUGCACUGCCAAGGUAGCACUCCAAUGUGAUUGUGGGCGAAGAAAGGAAGUUGUUGCCUGCACAGAAGCUGCCAAUUCUUACCAGAGGUUUGCAGCCAUCGCGAUGGCCAGUAAACUCUCUGACAUGCAGCUGGGUGACACUAUGGACAUCGGGCCUCUCCUCACCAAGAGAGAGCUGAAACAGACGAGGCUUGAGUGCGAUCAAGAAUGCGCCACUUUGGAGAGAAACCGACGUCUGGCCGAGGCGUUGCAGAUAGACUCCUCCUCAGACCCCUUCAACGUUCGCUCCUCUGUUUACAGCGACAGCCUCAAAGAGGACGCCAGGAAAGACUUGAAGUUUCUCUCUGAAGUAGAGGAGGAGAUUAGGAAUCUUGUGGAGCUCGUGAAUAAGGGAAAACAGACGAAGAGGAGCCACUGCUUUCCUCCGAUGAACAGGGAGCACCGUAAGAUCAUCCACGAGCUGGCUGAGGUCUACGGCGUGGAAAGCGUGAGCUACGACAGCGAGCCCAAACGGAACGUGGUCAUCACUGCCCACAGAGGGAAGUCGGUCUGUCCCAACUCAACCCUGACAGCAGUGAUAGAGAGGGAGACGGCCGUGAGGGCGCCUCCUCCCAUCGCUCAUAUCAAACAGAACAGCAGCAAGGCUGGAGGAGGAAGCGCCUGGUCAAAGACGGUAAAGGAGGAGCCUGUGAUUGAUUAUUUUGACGUUAAGGACUGAAGAAGAGUGAAGACAAAAACCUUUGGGAUCUGCCUGUUGACUUCACUUUCCAUCUUUGUUCACCAAACAUCCCGAAUCAUCUGGCUUUCCAAUCAAAUAAAGCUAUAUUUGGAAUCAUUGCAAAUCAGUCAGCUCAGAUUUAUACAUGCUCACUAGGAGUCACUUUGGAAAUCUAUCGUUUGGUUACGAGUAAAUUCACAUUCAGGGGUGGUACGUCUGUGUUUAAGAUGAAAUGAUUUUCUUUAAACCGGCAGGUCUUCUCUUCAGUUUAAGGUUCCUUAAACACACAGCAGGCAUUGUUUUUAGCAGUUAAACAUCUUGUGUUCUUUUUGUUGGUGCUGAGCCAAGGCUGCUGCUGUAAAAACCUGUGUUGAUGGAGGGAGUGGGCUGCAUUGCGGAAAGAAAGCUUUCUGGGAACGCAGCUCUGACCUAGAUGUAGGGCUGCUCUUUCUGAAAACUUCCUCUGUGAAAGCUGGAAGCAUCCUGAGCUCGGCCUGCCACGGGCUAAUCUAGAAACUGGCAUCAUUUCAACUUUUUCCGAGGGCUGAGAUGGUAAAUUUAUAAAAUGAAAGGUUUUCACAAUCACUUCAUUGCACCUGCUCAAAACAU